CACCAGCAACAAAAAAGACGAGAGAAAAAACAGUUCAAGAUGGCGAACGAUGCGAGCAAGCUACUGCUAUCUUCACACCAAGAAAAAACCAGUCAUUAUACAUACCUGAAAGAAUUUCGCGUGGAACAAUGCCAAUCGUUUCUGCAGCACAAAUGCAAUCAGCAUCGUCCAUUCGUUUGCUUCAAUUGGCAUUUUCAAAAUCAGCGUCGUCGGCGGCCCGUGCGUAAACGUGAUGGAACAUUUAAUUAUAGUGCUGAUAAUUAUUGCACCAAAUAUGAUGAGACCACAGGCAUUUGUCCCGAAGGCGAUGAAUGCCCUUUUCUACACCGCACAGCCGGCGACACUGAGCGUCGCUAUCAUUUACGCUACUACAAAACGUGCAUGUGCGUACACGAUACGGACAGUCGUGGCUACUGCGUUAAAAAUGGUUUACAUUGCGCCUUUGCACAUGGCAUGCAGGAUCAACGUCCGCCGGUCUAUGACAUUAAAGAGCUGGAAACACUGCAGAAUUCGGAUAUAACGCUGGACGGCACCAAUGCACAAAAUGCUCUGGACAAGGAGCGCAAUCUGAUGAACGAGGAUCCCAAGUGGCAGGAUACCAACUAUGUGCUGGCCAACUACAAAACGGAGCCGUGCAAGCGUCCUCCGCGUCUCUGUCGGCAGGGAUACGCUUGUCCACAGUAUCACAACAGCAAGGAUAAGCGUCGCUCGCCACGAAAGUACAAAUACCGGUCCACACCAUGCCCCAAUGUGAAGCAUGGCGAGGAGUGGGGUGAGCCGGGUAACUGUGAGUCCAGCGACAAUUGCCAAUAUUGUCACACACGCACCGAGCAACAGUUCCAUCCGGAAAUCUACAAGUCCACCAAAUGCAACGAUGUCCAACAGGCUGGCUACUGUCCACGCAGCGUCUUCUGCGCCUUUGCCCAUGUGGAACCUUAUGUGGUCAGCGAUCAGAAGAAGCGUGAUCACGAAAUUGCUUUAAGCGAACUCAUUUCCAAUGGCUUGUCCGAUUUGAAGGUGCAGGAUGAGGUCGCUAAUGGCAAGCUGCCACCAGGACUGCUGCAGCUGAGCAAUAAUUUAUUAAAUGAUAUUGAUGGUAAUAAUACCAACAAAAUGUUGGUUGAUGCUUUGGAAAAUACAACAAAUUCCAGCAAAAUCCUAAAUAUCUCAUUACCAAUGGACAGCAUUCCAUGUACUUUGGAUGAUCCACGCGAGAACUCACUGUCGGCAAGUCUGGUCAACAAUAGUUUAUUAACACGUUCCUCGGCGCCAAUUAACAUUCCUAAUACGACACUAAGUAACUCUAUAAACGACUUUAACUCUGGUGGAUUUGCCGUCAACAUUCCCAGCAGCUCGCUCACCUAUAGUCCAACAAAUCAUGCCAAUCUUUUCAGUGUUUAUGGCGGCUCCAAUAAACUGAGCAAUUCUCUGUCGGCAGCCACACAGAACGACAGCAAUAGCAUCUUCUUUCCAUCGCGCAUCAUCUCGCCAGCCUUUGGCGAUGGCUUAUCAAUUAGUCCAUCAGUUAGAAUAUCCGAAUUGAACACCAUACGUGAUGACAUUAACAGCAGCUCAGUGGGCAACAGUCUGUUCGAGAACACUCUUAAUACGGCCAAGAAUGCUUUCAGUCUACAAUCACUACAGUCGCAGAAUAACAGCGAUCUCGGUCGCAUGAACAACGAUUUGCUCACAAAGACAGCACAGGUUCAAAAGUUAUCGGCUCGCCUCGAGGAACUGAUGUGCAAGCUUAAGAUUGCCGAGCUACAUCGCGACAAGGCCAAGCAGGAGGCCGUAGAGUGGAAAGAGCGUCACGAUUUAGUGCAGAUUCAACUUAAUUUGCCCGGCGAGUUGCGUGAUUUAUCUAUUCAGAAACUAAAGCAAUUGCAGUCGAAGCUGCGCACCGAUUUAGAGGAAGUGGACAAAGUAUUAUAUUUGGAGAAUGCCAAGAAGUGCAUGAAAUGCGAGGAGAACAAUCGCACAGUUACUCUCGAGCCCUGCAAUCACCUAUCCAUUUGCAAUACUUGCGCUGGCUCCGUCACCGAGUGUCCCUACUGUCAGGUACCGGUUAUCACAACCCACACAUAGGACAUGCUUCAAUUGCAACAGGAUUAUCGUUGGGUCAUCGGACCCGAUUGAUUUGGCGCGAGAGAAAAAAGAAACCUACACACUUUAAUCGUAAGCCAAAUGUUGAUCGACUAGCAAAUAUGUCAGGCUGGGCAUAUCGCGCAGAGCUUACAUAUAUAUUUGAAUAAUAUGUAUGUGGAUAAUUCAUUCAUACUAAUAUAAUUUAUAUUUAUCUAUAUGCAAAUUAAUUAUCUUGGAUAUUAGCAAUUACUAGGCACAAAAUAUGUAAUUCAUUACUUAGCAAGCUGAUAUGCAUUUCUUGAAUAUUACACCACACACAUUUUUAUUUUGUUUUUUGGAUACCACAAGAAUUAUUUACAUAUUUAAUUUUGUGUUAGUCUUAAAAUUGUAUUCUUUUUUAUUUUACUUUUACAUUUUUUUUAAUCUAUGCUAUCAUGACAUUUUAUUAUGUACAAAUCGAAUUUCACAAUGGAUUUUCUGUUAAAUGUUUCUGUCACUUGCAGUCACUAUUCACUAGUAUUAAUAUAACAAAUUACCAAUUUUUAUAAUAUCAUAAACAGAUACAGAAGAAUAUUGUAUAAUUUUUCUAGCCACUUUUAGUAAUUGACUAUAAACAAUUUUUAAACUACAAACAAUACGACUAACAACCACCAGUGAUUUUUAUAAGCCGAUAUUCAAACUGCAGAUACUGAUUCAUACUGAGAUAUGUAUUAAUGUUUUUUUUUUUCUUAGAUAUUUUCAAAUGCUAAUUAAAUGAAAUUGAAUUGAAAUGAAUUAAGAGAGAUCUCGGAGCAAAGUACGAAUUUUAUUGACUUUGUCGAUGGAUCCUUUGAAUCACUUAAAAAAAUCAAAGCUACAUACUUUUUUGACCGCACAAAAUAAUCAUAAUUCUAAGGACUAUAAUAAAUAGCUAUUAUACCUAUAUAUUAUUUUUUUCAUUGAAUUCUGCAAUCAGCAAACAUUUGUAAUACAAAACAAACAAACUAUACAAAUUGGAAAAUGUUUCAAUCAUUUUGGUGUAUUUUACUUUUAUACUCUACUAGUUUAUUAUGUGAUUUUGUUAGUGCUCUAAGUACAAUUCAUGCUACAAACAUAUUUUUAAACUUAAAUAUAUACAUUAUCUUUUUUUUUGUAUAAAAUGAAAAGCUUCCAAUUUAAAGCCGGUCAUAAAGUAGUUAAACAAUGUGAAGUCAAGAGAAAUACAAAACGGUAUAUGAAUGGCCAAUAAAUGCGGUACAAGAAUACAUAUAUAUAUUUAUAUAUAUAUACAACAAAUGAAAGCGUGUGAUGAAUAAGAUUAAACAAUAAUCGUAACACAAGACAGCGAAUACAAAUAGAAAACAGUCGAUGUUAAAUGUUAAACGAAGCUAAAGUAAAAACCGUCUUCAACAUUUUUUUGCGCAAAUUAAAAACAAAAAAAGAUAAA